AUUUUAUUUUAAACUGAGGAUCUGUCCACUUGGGAAUAUAGUGGUAUGUUGUUGUAUAGGAGUGGAGUGAGGAUAUGCUGUGUGGGUCCCAUAUUUAGGCAUUUGACUCUGUUUGGGGGAAGCCAUCGCUAAGGAGAAUCAAUAUAUGCUUCUUACCAAUAGUAUUAUAUAUAAAUGAACUGGAUUUAACAGUUUCUCUCUUUUCCUUCCCCAUAGUUCCCAACACAAAGAAGAACCAUUGGCUGACCUUCAAUCUGGAAACAAAUUCAGAUAUGGAUCCUGACGACAGUCUAACUGAAGACCCUUGGAUAAAAUCUUCUUCAUCUGGCAAUGAAUUGCUGAAAAUUAUGCCCUCAGAUAAUCAUUCAUUUACCAAUUUCAAUCUUCAGGCGCAGAAGUGGGAAGGUUCCUCUUAUUUGGAUCAGCAGAUCAGGAUUGAGCAACAGUUUUCUGGAUUUACUAAACCGAAGCACACAUCUGAGAUGGAUCAACAGGGGAAUCACAGGAAUGAAAAUCAUGACUCGACCAGAAUACGUGACUGGGAUCCAAGAACUUUGCUGAACAACCUUUCGUUUCUCGAACAAAAGAUUCAUCAGCUCCAGGAGUUGGUGCAUCUGAUUGUUGGCCGGAGAGGUCAAGAUGGGGUUCAGGGAAAUGACCUUAUAGUUCAGCAACAACAGUUAAUCACAGCUGAUCUUACUUCUAUUAUAGUCCAAUUGAUAUCAACUGCAGGAAGUCUUCUUCCAACUAUGAAGCACACACUUUCAUCUGCAAGCCCUGCUGCUAACCAACUUGGUCAGGUUGGUGGUGUCACAAUUCCUUCUACAAUAGGUACUAGUGCUAGUGCUGGUGGGCUGACAUGUAAUGACGGUGUUGCGAAGGUGGAAGAUCAAUCCAACCACGUUGACCAGUUGAGAGAUUGUGGGAUUGAACAAAAUCAUCCUGCCGAUGAACAUGAAUUGAAAGAUGAAGAUGAAGCUGAGGAAGAAGAGAACCUUCCUCCCGGUUCCUAUGAGAUUCUGCAGUUAGAAAAGGAGGAAAUUCUUGCACCGCACACUCACUUUUGCACAAUUUGUGGCAAAGGAUUUAAGAGGGAUGCCAAUUUGCGGAUGCACAUGAGAGGUCAUGGUGAUGAGUACAAGACUCCAGCAGCUCUUGCAAAGCCUCAUAAAGAACCCAGUUCUGAGCCGACACUCAUCAAAAGGUAUUCCUGUCCUUAUGUUGGAUGCAAGCGCAAUAAGGAGCAUAAAAAGUUUCAACCUCUGAAGACCAUCUUAUGUGUGAAAAACCAUUACAAGAGAACCCACUGUGAGAAAGCCUAUACUUGCAGUAGAUGUAAUAUUAAGAAAUUUUCAGUAAUUGCUGAUCUUAAAACACAUGAAAAGCAUUGUGGAAAGGAUAAGUGGCUUUGUUCCUGUGGCACAACAUUUUCUAGGAAAGACAAGCUUUUUGGACAUAUUUCCCUUUUCCAAGGUCAUACUCCUGCAGUUUCUCCAGAUGAAACUAAAGGAUCUGCUGGGAUGUCUGACCGGGGUCAAACCAGUGAAGUCACCAUGAAAGCUCGACAAGAAAACUUUAAGGUAAAUGCUUCACAUGGCAAUGAGUUUCAAAAUCCCGGGGUUGUAAAAGAGGGCGCAUAUGGCUCACCAAGCAGUUAUUUCUCACCUUUGAACUUUGAUACUAGCAAUCUUAAUGGAUUUCAAGAGUUCCCUCGACCACCAUUUGACGAGUCAGAUAGCUCAUUGUCAUUUCUGCUAUCUGGAUCAUGUGAAUACCCUCCUCACAAGGCUGCAAAAUAUAUGAGUUCUACUGAAAUGGAAUAACAUCAACCAGUAUUCAAUUUGUCUUUGGUUCAUUGUAGCUAUCUAUUCUAUCAUGUCAUUAUUUUCUCAGAAUAAUUGUGUUUUCCUUGAAUUAUUUACUAUCAUUGUUGCUA